CGAUUGUGGUUUAACAGUGAACCAGUUGCGUUUAGAUUAACGCUUGUUGAAAAGAACUUCACUUUUACGUAAUGCUAUUUUAAGUAACUGGAAAUAUUCAGUUACUUCGUAAUGCAAAAGUCAUACUUCGCCGAAAAUUAUUUCGAAGCCAGUUGGAUUUCGUUAACGCAUGCGUAUCUGAUGUUAGUCGGGUGAUGCGACAGAAAUGAUGUAUCAUACCCGGAACUAUAUUCCGCUCACCACAUUGCUGCAUCGACUACUAUGGAUGCUGUAAAUGUAGACGGCUGUACAGGCGCUAAGUUCCAUUUACCAACUGAGGAAGAUUUAAUGAAAUGUUUCGAUAAAUAUGACAUGACACAUAAACGUCGAGGUGUUGCAUACAUCUUCAACAACGAAAAUUUUAAAGACCCAAAACUUGAAACUCGUCAUGGCUCAUCAAAAGACACAGAAGAUUUAAAAACGGCAUUAAUGAGUCUUGGAUUUCGUGAAGAUGAAAUCAACGUUUAUACAGAUCCAACAGUCAAGGAAAUGCUCAGGGCUUUAGAAGAUUUUAACGAAGAUAAUCCUGAUAUUAAAGGUAAUAUUGAUUGCUUUAUUUGUGCGAUUCUGAGCCAUGGAGGUGACGACGAAAUUAUAUAUGGAUACGAUGGUAAAAUUCAGCUAGACGAAUUGCUUUCUUGCCUGAGACCCGAUCGCUGUCCAUAUUUAACAGGAAUACCUAAAUUAUUCUUUAUCCAAGCAUGUCGUGGAAGUAAGAUUGAUGUUGGAGUCGAAAAAAACGAUGCUUGUGGAUUCGGAUUUGAAGAAAAGCCACCAAGAAUUCCAAUUAUGGCAGAUAUGUUGGUUUUCCAUUCGUCGUAUAAAGAAUAUCCGUCAAUCAGGAAUAAAGACAAAGGUUCGUGGUUUAUGCAGACUUUAAGCAAAGUGUUGAAGAAAUAUGGCGCAGAAUAUGAAAUUUUGAAACUGCUAACUGCGGUCUGUAACCAUGUUGCCACUUUAGAAUACCAAAGUUCGAAAUAUCCGGAAUACAAUAGCUGCAAACAAAUGCCUCAGAUUAUGUCGACAUUGCGCAAAGAACUAAAGUUUUAGCCGAGAAAGUAAAAUAUUUCAGGUGUGGGAUACUUAAAGAGAGUCGAAGCUUCUUACGGUGAGAAUUUCUGAUGCAUGUGCAUAUAUGAAAAGAAUAUAUUUUAGACACUCAUACAUCAUUAAUGCAAAGGUGUAUAUUUUAAGAACUCGUAUAUCUACAAAUAAAUACACUAUUUCACGUGUAAUACCUACAGCAGAAAUUGAUAAAUAAAUAACUAAAUAAUUGUUAAUAUUAUUACAAACUUCAUUUGCUUUAAUGAAUAUCCUCUAACAUUUUAAGAUACUUAACUAAAACUAUUUACUACCAUAAAUUUUACAAAGAACACCAGUGCCUUAUAGGUCCAUUCUAAAUUUCAAAAUAAUUCUACGCUCUGAACAUUGAACUAACAUGGUUUUAUAUACAACUAAAUAUGAAUAAUAUUAAUAUGUAGGUAAUGUUAUUCAUGUGCUUUCAUACAUCGCUUGAUUCGUAAAAGUUUGUCUGCCAAAGAGAAAGUGUUUCUUCUUUCAUUGCAUUAAACUAUUUCAGCACCA